CGCUACUUCCUUUCCUCUCCAUUUCUUCUCUUUUCUUUCCUUUUCUUUCAUUUUCCCACCAACCGGGCAGGGGAUUAUCCGCAUAUUCACGUGAUUUCAUGAGCUGAGGACAACGAUGGCGCUCGAUUCCUCAGAGAACUCCAAUUGGCUCUUUGAUUAUGGCUUGAUGGAAGAUAUCACCGUUCCCGGCGGCGAAUUUCCGGAACCGACGCCCGGAACCGGAUUCUCCUGGCCCUCUCAAGCUCUCAAAAGUUCCUCUAGUGUAAGUUUGGAAGCUGAUUGUUCGUUUGGGGAUUCAGAUGGGCUAAAAGAACUUGGACCCCGAAAACGGUUGAAGCAUGAAUCAUGUGGUGCAACUGGCACCAAAGCUUGCCGGGAAAAAUUGCGGAGGGAUAGGCUGAAUGAGAGGUUCUUGGAAUUGGGUUCUAUCUUGGAGCCUGGAAGGCCACCCAAAACGGACAAGGCUGCUAUUUUGAGUGAUGCUGUUCGAAUGGUGACUCAAUUACGAAGUGAAGCACAGAAGCUGAAGGAGUCAAAUGGGGAUUUGCAAGAGAAGAUUAAGGAAUUGAAGGCUGAGAAAAAUGAGCUUCGGGAUGAGAAGCAAAGGUUAAAAGCCGAAAAGGAGAAGCUGGAGCAGCAAGUCAAAGCCAUUAGUGCACAGCCAGGCUUUCUGCCUCAUCCUUCUGCAAUGCCAGCUGCAUUUGCUGCCCAAGGCCGAGCUCCUGGCAACAAGCUGAUGCCUUUCAUUGGUUACCCUAGUGUUGCCAUGUGGCAAUUCAUGCCACCUGCUGCAGUUGACACAUCACAGGAUCAUGUUCUCCGUCCCCCAGUGGCUUAAGUUGGAGGACAUCAACGGUUGGUCUACACUCUCAGUGCCCAAAGAGUUCCUCGUCUAUUUUACUUUGUCAUUGUUAUCAGAAACCAAUGACUCCCUUGGAUUUCUGCUGAUUGCAUGUAAAAUACAAUAAGCAAAUAUGAUUGUUGUAUGUUUUUAAAUCAACUGUUGAAGUAAGCCAAGUACAUCUUUGGAACAAACACUUGCGUUCAUCUUUGAAUAGAAUGCCUUUUUGGAUGACAA